UUCUCCGAUAGAGGGCAGCAGCGAGAAAGUACCUGGCUGAAUAAAGAAAAGUCAGAUUAUUAUGCUGAAAUAUACAGUGUGUUGUGUUUAAUCCUAGUGUGCAGUGUUCGCCUCACACUGUUGGCUCUUGUCCAAACAACAGUAUAUAGAAGUAAAAAUGCUCAAGCGUAUCAUGACUAAGGAUAGCUAAAUGUUUAUUUUGGAUGAUAGCUUUCUGGUUAGCAGACCCGAUUUUAAAAGAAUGAAAUAAAAAGCAUGUCGUUAAACCACUUUGAGGAAAUAAUAUAUUUAUCAACCAACGCUUAAAGAAUGCCAACACAACAAAUAGCCGUUCGUCCAUUGCAAAGCAUUACCAAAGAGAGAAAAGACAAGCCUAGCCCUAUGAAGGGUAAAGAAAACACCAAUGAAACCUUACAUCCUGAUGAUCUUCAAUCAAAAGAACAGUUUGAAUCACAGAUGUCCACAUUAUCUAACAAUGCAGAUAUUUGUCGGAUCUGUCAUUGUGAGUCUGAGUCAAAUAAUCAACUAAUAUCACCAUGUCUGUGUUCUGGCAGCUUGAAAUACAUUCACUCAGCUUGCCUCCAGAAAUGGAUAAAAAGUUCAGAAAAAAGAAAUUGUGAAUUAUGUAAAUUUGAGUAUAUGAUGACAACUCAAACAAAACCGUUUGGACAGUGGGAGAAAUUAGAGAUGUCAUCAGCUGAAAGAAGAAAGAUUAUUUGUUCAGUCACAUUUCAUAUUAUAGCUAUAACAUGUGUGAUAUGGUCAUUGUAUGUUCUUAUAGACAGAACCACAGAAGAGGUAUCAAGUGGUAAUUUAGACUGGCCUUUCUGGACGAAACUAAUUGUUGUGGCUAUAGGUUUCACAGGAGGAUUAGUGUUUAUGUAUGUCCAGUGUAAAAUGUACUUUCAACUGUGUUUAAGAUGGAGAGGUUAUAAUAAAGUGAUUAAGAUAGAGAAUGCACCUGAAGAUGAGACUAUAAGAGCAGAAGCAGCAGCUAAGAUUAAAGCUCAAGCUAAUGAUGGUGGUAAUACUAACAGUGUUGCUUUAGAUGAUAUUGACUCAUUUUGAUGGUUCAGUUUUAUGAAAUAUAUAUAUAGGGUCGUAGUUCCCCUUUAUUUAAAUCAAUUGGACAUAGUUUGGCUCAAAAUUAAAAUUAUUUUGGCAAUUUUCAACUUAAAAUGUGAUAUUCUUAAAGAAAAACAUGAUACAAUAUAUUUUUUAUGAUAGAUAAUUUAAAAAACACUUCUGGGUGUGUAUAAAAUAUAGACUGAAUUUUUAUACGCCCACAUUGAAAUGUGGUCAUAUAUUGUCGUCGCCCCCUUCCGUCCGUCCGUCCGGCCGGCGUCCACAAUUGCUUGUGGACGCUCUAGAGGCUAAAAUUAAUAUCCGAUUGACUUUCAAUUUAUAUAUAGUGUUUAAGGCCAUGAGACGAAGAAGCCUAUUGAUUUUCAGCGAUUUCCGAUAAUUACUGCCAGAGUUAUGGCCCUUGAUCACUUCAAAAAAUCUUGUGGACGCUCUAGAGGCCAAAGUUAAUAUCUGAUUGACUUUAAAUUUAUACACAGUGUUUAAGGUCAUGAGACGAAGAAGCAUAUUGAUUUUCAGCGAUUUCCGAUAAUUACUGCCAGAGUUAUGGCCCUUGAUCACUUCAAAAAAUCUUGUGGACGCUCUACAGGCCAAAGUUAAUAUCCGAUUGACUUUAAAUUAAUACACAGUGUUUAAGGUCAUGAGACGAAGAAGCCUAUUGAUUUUCAGCGAUUUCCGAUAAUUACUGCCAGAGUUAUGGCCCUUGAUCACUUCAAAAAAUCUUGAGGACGCUCUAGAGGCCAAAGUUAAUAUCCAAUUGACUUUAAAUUUAUACACAGUGUUUAAGGCCAUGAGACGAAGAAGCCUAUUGAUAUUCAGCGAUUUCCGAUAAUAACUGCCAGAGUUAUGGCCCUUGAUCACUUCAAAAAAUCUUGUGGACGCUCUAGAGGGUAAAGUUUAUAUCGGAUUGACUUUAAAUUUAUACACAGUGUUUAAGGUCAUGAGACGAAUAAUUACUGCCAGAGUUAUGGCCCUUGAUCACUUUAAAAAACCUUGUGGAUGCUCUAAAGUCUAAAGUUAAUCUCAUUGACUUUAAAUUUAUACACAGUGUUUGAGGUCACGAGGCGAAGAAUCCUAUUUAUUUUCAAAGAUUUCUGAUAACUACUGGCAAAGGUAUGGCCCUUGAUCACUUUGAAAAAUCUUGUGGACACCCUAGAGGCCAAAGUUAAUAUAUGAUUGACUUCAGAUUGAUACACAGAGUUUAAGAUCUUGAGGCGAACAAGUAUAUUGAUUUUCAAUGAAUUUUUAUGACUUGGAACAGCUAAAUCCAUGAUAUAGUAUUAAAAGUUUUGUAUACUAAACGUUAGCAUGGGGCAUAACUUUAUAAAAACCAAACAAAUUCUAAUGGUUUCUUGAGUUGUUGCUCUUAAUCAGAUUUUAGUGUAUUAUAAAUGUUUCAUUACCGAAAAAAGUAAAAAUAUGCGACAACUCUUGUUGACUGCCCGGACGAUUUAGCUGCUGUGGGCGUAUGUUUCGUUGCCUGGCAACCUAUCUUUAUCAAAAACAUAAUAGUGCUAAUAAGGACCUUGAGGAAAUAGUGGUUCUAUAUAUGUAUGAUUUAUAGAGGACCUUAAUUUAAAGGAAUUAAUGGUUGUGUAUAUAUGGUUGUAUAAGAGAGAUAGGUCAGAUGAAACAUUUCAUUUUACUUAUGUAACAUAAACCUAUUAACUUUAUUGAAGUGUGUAAUCCUAUUAAACAAUACCGAAAGCUUUUUAACCUUUGAUUCUUACAGUUUGCAUUACUUGUAUUGGAGUCGAUGUAAAUGUACAAGUGUAUGGGAUUUGUCUCCCUUGUACAUCAGGAAUAUCUUCUUUAUUUAAGUCACAAAUGUAAAUCUGUAAAGAAUAUGGUCCACUAGUUUCUAUAUUUCGACUAUAUAGCGGUACUCAAAUCAACUUUUAAAAACUAUUUAGGGUUCCAAGCAUUAUCUUUAAUGAAAGAAAGACUCUAGACAUUUCAAUAUGGCAUCCUUCAGAUUAUGCAUGGCCAUAAUAUAAGUGAAUUGAAUCAGAUUUUAUGUAUGGAGAUAAUUAUUGAGCAAUUCAGUGGAUAGUGAUGUCCCUAACUCUUUGUUUAAUUGCAGAAUGCACUUGGAUAUGAAAUUAGAAGUUUGUGAUUAGUUGAUUGAGUAACUGUGAUCUUUAUCUUUAUCAUUGAAUUUUAUUUACACCUUUAUUGUCAGAUAGUGGCAUCUAGAGACAAGUAUGAUUCAAAUGAACAUGCUCAAUUUUAUAUUUUUAAAUCUAUAUAGCAUUUAUAUAAAAUAUAGCAUUAAUUCUACAAAGUUAUUCUUUUGUAUAUAUAUACAUUUAAUAUGCAUGUGGUGAACAAAUGUAAUCAAGACAUGCAACACAUAGAGCCUGUAAGAAUAAUUUUGUGUAUUUAGUUAUAUCUACUGUACUAAUAUUUGAAGUUCAUUGGGCCUUUAUGUUUUUUUAAAAUUACAUGAAUAUGUCUGAUAUGAUUAUAAAGAUGUAUUUACUACUUAAAGUAGAUAGUAGGAAAGUUUGUUGUUUUUCAUUGUAAAUAUAUAUAUGAAUUUAUAAAUACAGAUAUUUAUUUAAGGGUCCUAUUGUAAAUUAAGAAUCUUUAUUGUAAUUUUAGACUUGAAUGCAUUUUUGCUAUAUUUACAGUAGGCCUUUAAUGUUUCGAUGUAAUUUCAAAAUCAUACAUGAAAGGCCUUUAAUGUUUCAAUGUAAUUUCAAAAUCAUAUAUUAACUCAUCUUCAAUAUAAGGCUUGAUCUUGCUUUAACACCGUACAUCUUAUCAAGGUGAUCACAUAAUACCCUGCAUAUUUCGGAACUAAAUUCGAUUGGGUAUUCACCCAGCUUUCCAGAUAAAAUGUCUACUUGUGAUAAUUAGUUGCAGAGUUUCCAUGUCAAGGUUUCCAUGGAAGUCACUAUAGUUGAUUUGAAUGUCUUAGUGUCACAAUUUCUGAUUGAACUCUACUGUUUACAUGUCUGCAGUAAAGUGAGAAACCGUAGCUACAAGUUUGGGAAUUGCAAAGUAAUCUAGCAACGUCAAGAUGUUGUAAAACUUGCAGCAUUUGCUUCAGGAACGUGAUAUUAACUGUAAUGCACACAUGAAAUACAUCUAGAAUAAGCUAUAUUUUAAAUACUGCAAUUUGUGUUAUAUUAAAGGAGUAGAUUAAUCCAAACUGCAGGGGUUUGGGGAAAUAUUUUAACUUGUAUGUACCGGUAUACUUGAUAAGGAAGUGAGAUCUGGGAUGUUUACAGACAGCAAAGUAUAUAAUAGGUAAAAAGCUUUGUGAUGUAUACACCUUACUUUAAAUUUAGAUAAUAGCUUGUCUUUGUUUACACCCAAAGAAUAUAAUGUCAAUUAGAUAGGACAUGCAUUGAAUAAAAUACAAAAUUUGCUAAAGAAGUUUGACUCCAGCAAAUUCCAUAUCUUGAGUACCCUAAGAGAUGAUCAUGUGCUACUUUUUUGAGUUUUAAUUUUCAAAAGGUAUCCAUUAAAUUUCCAUAAAUAGUAAUACGCUGACCUUAAUGGAUGUAAGUAAUACAAAUGGUAAAUAAUGAUCCCAUGUUAUGUCAAUACUAAUGCAUUCUUAAAAUUUGAUUAAUAAAACAAAUAGAACACAUUCCGUAGUUUGUAUAAAAAUGCUGAAUUAUUUGCAUAAUAUGACUUGUAUUAAAUCAAAGUAAAUCGUAAUCAUAUAAACUUAAAAACUUUGUACGUUUUAUAUGCCUUCAUUGAAAUGUGGUUGUAUAUUGUUGUUACCUCUGUCUAUCGAUCUGCCCUCCGAAAAUUCCUUGUGAACACUCCAGAGGCUAAAGUUUUUAUCAGUUGACCUUAAAUUUAAAAUUUAUUCUUGAAAAUUAUAUGUAAUGUUCAUGAGAAGAAGCCUAUUUAGUUUCAACUGUUUUUGUUAAUUAUUUGAAGAGUUUUUGCCUUUGAUUAAGCUGAAAAAUCUUUUGGACACUAAUAGAGUAGAGGCUAAAGUUAUCAUCAUAUGGCAAGAACCUUUGUGAACUGCUCGGAGGACUUGGCUUCUAUCAGAAUAUGUAUCAUUGCCUGGCAACUUACCUUUAAAGUCACUGUCUCCAUUUACUUACACAGGACACAGUAAAACAGUGACUUUAAAGGCUUUGACUUAAACCGGAUGUAGUGGUAGAUUGAUGUUUUUAAAAAGGUUCACCCAAGAGGUUAACAGUCUUGGGCUACCAGAUAUAUCAGCAUAAUGGUGGUACACUUUUGUAUUCUUCAGUUCAAGUUUAAAAUUCAUUAUAAAUUAAGCGUGACCCAUACUGUAAAAAGAACAAAGUAAUUGAUAGUAUUGCGUCCUUUUAAAGAUUGUUUUUUUUUUAAAUAACAUGUAAAUAUUUGUUAAUACAUCACAUUUUAUUACAGCAUUUCCAAAAUUUCAAGACUACUAUUGAAAAGAUUCCAAAUACUUGAAAAUACUGAAUAAUUUUAUGACAUCAUUUUUUUGUAUCUUUUGUUGUUUAAUUAAUGUUAUAGAUGAAAAAUGAAUCUAAUAUUUAUUGUAGUUGUUUGAAAACUAAGUUUUAUUGUUUCAUCUUUUGUAAAUUUAGUUUUUUGUUUUAAUCGGCUAAAUAUAUCAGUGAAUAUUAAAUAAGUUAUAUUAGUCAAACUGAAAUAGACAUAAUUUGUCUACUUUUAAAAAUAGUUAUACAUGUCUAUCAAAUUAAUUUACUGUUUACUUUUUUUAAAUGUAGAUAUGGUUAUUACUCAUCUAACUGUUGUUAAUGUACUUGUUUGUAUAUAGUUGUUAAUUUUUGACUAAUAUAUAAUGAGUGAUUUAUUAUAUAUGAUAGAUGUAUUAUUUUUCAUAAUAAAAUAACUAUUUGAAAAUCA